GCAGUGUGUCAUUACAUGAGCAGCAGCAGCAGCUCUGAGUCUGAAGCUCUGAAGCUCGCUCUGAAGCUCGCUCCAAGUAGAGCGCCUCUUCUCUUCACCAUCAUCCUGCGCGUUCCCGAUAUACCGGCACAUACUCGCUGCAUGAUGGCCGAGGGAGGCGGACCCGAGCCGGGCGGAGCGGCGGCGGCAGCGGCGGCAGACUCCGACUCGGAGCCGGUUGCCGCACAAAUGCCAACCCCUUCAACGGAGAAUCAGAAACAGACCAUCGGGUCACUUUUAAAAACAACUCUGAGGAAGGGCGACGAGUGGUAUCUAAUAGACAGCCGGUGGUUCAAACAAUGGAAGAAGUAUGUCGGAUUUGACAGCUGGGACAUGUACAAUGUUGGAGAACGUAGCCUCUAUCCAGGACCAAUUGAUAACUCCGGGCUGUUCUCAGACCAGGAGACUCAGGCCCUGAAAGAGCACCUUAUAGAUGAGCUGGACUAUGUCCUUGUACCCACUGAGGCAUGGAAUAAGCUUGUCAGCUGGUACAGCUGCCUUGAGGGCCAGAGACCCAUCGUCAGGAAGGUUGUUGAACAUGGCAUGUUUGUCAAGCACUGUAAGGUGGAGGUCUAUUUGCUGGAGCUGAACUUGUGUGAGAAUGACAACAUGGACAAUGUUGUCACGCGUCAUUUCAGUAAAGCUGAUACUAUAGAUACUAUAGAGAAGGAGAUGAGGACGCUGUUCAAUAUCCCAUCGGAGAAGGAGACACGGCUCUGGAACAAAUACAUGAGCAACACCUACGAGCAGCUGAACAAGCCAGACAGCACUGUACAGGAUGCUGGUCUCUUCCAGGGGCAGGUGCUUGUGAUAGAGCGGAAGAAUGAGGAUGGCACGUGGCCCAGACAAGCUUCCCAUCCCAAAUCUAGUACAACCCCAUCCAGGAAUUUCACUACCUCCCCAAAACUCUCCUCCAACUCAACCGCUAGUAUCUCCUCAACAGUAACCAACGGAGACAGCAGCUGUAGCCCUGGCUACACACUAAACAACAGCACCUCCUCCGGCAACAGAUUGGGGGGCUACAAUUCAUACAGCUCCUCCUACAACUACAGAGAGUCCCAGUCGCAGCCUGGCCUGUGUGGUCUCAGUAAUUUGGGCAACACAUGCUUCAUGAACUCUGCCCUCCAGUGCCUGAGCAAUGCAUCUCCACUCACAGAGUACUUCCUCAAUGACCAGUAUGAGGCAGAGAUUAAUCGCGAGAAUCCACUGGGAAUGAGGGGCGAGAUUGCCGAGGCCUAUGCAGAUCUAGUAAAACAGAUGUGGCUGAGCCGCAGCAGCUACGUGGCCCCACGUACCUUCAAAACCCAGGUGGGACGUUUUGCCCCCCAGUUUUCAGGCUACCAGCAGCAGGACUCGCAGGAGCUGUUGGCCUUCCUGCUCGACGGGCUCCACGAAGAUCUGAACCGCGUCAAGAAGAAGCCUUAUCUGGCCCUGAGGGAUGCAGAGGGCCGUCAAGACGAGAUUGUUGCAAAGGAAGCCUUGACGAACCACCGCUUGCGCAAUGACUCUAUUAUAGUUGAUAUUUUCCACGGCCUCUUCAAAUCCACUUUGGUGUGCCCAGAGUGCUCCAAGGUGUCUGUGACCUUUGACCCAUUCUGCUAUCUCACUCUGCCUCUGCCCAUGAAGAAGGACCGCACUAUGGAGGUUUUCCUGGUGCGAUCAGACCCUCAGUCAAGACCCACACAGUAUCGAGUGGUGGUCCCCAAACUGGGUGCAGUGACAGACCUGUGCAGCGCCUUGUCCAAACUCUGUGGAUUCCCUCCAGAAAAUAUGGUGGUGGCUGACGUUUACAAUCAUAGGUUCCAUAAAAUCUAUAGACGGGAUGACGGCCUCAACCAAAUCAUGGAAAAAGAUGACAUCUUUGUGUACGAGGUACAGGAAGAGGACAGCGAGAGGAUGAACCUGCCUGUAUACUUCAGGGAACGCCAUUCCAAGCAUGCCGGAAGUUCCACAAGCACCAUGCUGUUUGGCCAGCCUUUACUCAUCACCGUGCCCAGACACAACCUCAUAGCAGACGUUCUUUAUGACAAGAUCCUAGAGAGGAUCGGGCGCUACGUAAAACAAUCCCAGAGCCCUAAUGGUGAAAGCAGGGCCUCAGCCUCGGCGACCUUUGCCAGCUGCAGCCAGGCUCCUGAAUGUUCCACAUCGUCUGGUCUCAACGCCAGCCUGGGGGGCUGUGGCAGCCCCCUGUCAGACGGGGCCUCGUGCAGUGCCAGCUCCAGUAACGGCAGCAACGGCAGCAACCACUCAGGGACCUGCAAUGAAACCAAUGGGCUAUAUGAUGGUGAGGAGGAGGCCAUGGACCACCAGGUGAGUCCAGAGCCAGAGAACGGCCAGUCCGAAGAGGAGGAAGAGGAGACGUCCGACUUGGAAAAUGGGCCUAAAGGAGACGCAGCCAAUAAGCGCUCUUUGCCAGCCAAGCUCUUCACUUUCAGCAUAGUCAACUCUUACGGAACAGCUAACAUCAGCCCGCUGCCCUGCGAUGGAAAUGUCCUCAAGCUUAAUCCACAUUCCACGGUGGCGAUCGACUGGGACACUGAGUCAAAGAAACUGUGUUACGAUGAACAGGAAGCAGAGGCUUAUGAGAAGCACGAGAGCAUGCUUCAGGCCCAGAAGAAGAAAGCCACGGUGGCUCUGAGAGAAUGCAUCGAGCUCUUCACAACCAUGGAGACUCUCGGAGAACACGAUCCAUGGUAUUGUCCAACGUGUAAGAAACACCAACAGGCCACAAAAAAGUUUGACUUGUGGUCGCUGCCUGGCGUUCUGGUAGUUCAUCUGAAGCGGUUCUCCUACAACCGGUGUUGGAGGGACAAGCUGGACACAGUCGUGGACUUUCCCAUCAGGGAUCUGAACAUGUCCGAGUUUGUGUGCGACCCGAAGGCCGGCCCCUACGUUUAUGACCUCGUGGCUGUGUCAAACCACUACGGAGGAAUGGGAGGGGGUCACUACACAGCUUAUGGCAAGAAUAAAGUAGAUGGAAAGUGGUAUUACUUUGAUGACAGCAGCGUCUCCUCUGCCGCAGAGGACCAGAUUGUGACUAAAGCAGCCUAUGUGCUGUUCUAUCAGCGCAGGGACGAGGAAGCCCCCUCCAAACCUCAGCCUUCGGCCUCGCUGGGAGGAGCCCCAGAAGCAGCCGAGGACCACAUGGACACAAACUGAGGAGCCCCUGACAACCAAAGGGACACGCACUGAAAACACACAACGGCAAAUAGAGACACUCGGACGCACACACAACGCUACUUUAGUGACAGAGGACUCCACAGACUUAACAUUAUUAACCCUACCUUCCCCCGCAUUUUUAUUUGAUUUCUGUCUCGUAUGUUGUCAACCAGAGCCAACGGCCUUGUCAGAAGAGUGACCCGAGAGACUUCCUCCCACCGCAACGGACGGCCUACUGAUUUCUGAUCCUAGUUUACUAGUCUGGAACUAAAAGAGGAGAUAUAGAUCCUCUCACUGGAUGAACAGAAUGUUAGAAGAUAAACAAAAUGUUUCUGUUGCCCACAACGACAGUCAGAAAUAUAUAAAGAAAAAAAAAGCCAAAUGCACAUGUUUUUUCAACCAAAGCGUUCCGAGGUUUUUAUGACGAAAUGUACCAACUGUUAAGACAUGAGCAGGAUACUGGCAUCGUGCCUAGAUUCAUCUCUGAUAAUCUUGCUGUGCUGAAGGUAAAUGCAAACUUUAACAGUGUGACGUGCACACAGAACAAUACAUGCCAUGCUUGAUGAAAGAAUCACGUGACCUUAUUCCACCUGUGUUAGAGUGGAUCACUGAUGUGGGGGGGGGGAGGGGGGUGUUGCUGCUGCAGACUAGUUGUGGCGGUUUUUGCUACCGGCCUGAUCGGAUCUGUGUUACAAUCUAAACCACAGAGGGGGACGUCUUGUUUCAAGCUUUUUAAAGAUCUGCGUCUUGACGUGAGUUGUGGCAGAAGCAGUUUUUCGGCCUUGCUCUUCAUUUGCCAUCAUUUUAUUGCUCUUUGAUGCACAGAACGGGCUCUGCUGUCUCUCGGACCCUAUAUGAGAGGAGUCUUACCCUGCUAACCAUUUUUAUUUUCCUUUUUUUUUUUUCUGUAAUCACAAUGCAAAAGCGGCCUUUUGAUUCCUGCAUCCUGACUAAAAAAGGGGGGCACUUUGAAUUCUCCAUGAGUUCAUUAUCUACCUGCUUCUGGUGCAUUCUAGACAUGACAGGAUUGUAUGAUUUGGCCUUAGCGUUAAGGGCUACGGUCUGUCAUACACUUCCAGAUCAUUUAAUGUGUCUUAUAAGCAUAUUUUGAUUGCUGCCUGAUCGGACCCCUAGCUCUCCUGCAAAUGGCUUUGUCCUUAUUAGUCUUGUACAUAAAUGCAGCUGUGUAUUGAAAUGGCUAUGUUAUUUGAUAUCUUCAAAGCACACUUGAGUGAAGCAAAAUAAACUAGUAUAAAAGUGGUGCUUUUAUUCAUGAAACUUGAACUUGCUCCUUGACAUUAAGAACGAUCUACACGUGUCAGCAGACGGGGGUCAGGACAGCUAACAGCGUUUCCCACUGAGUGCAGUUAUUUGUUUUCCUUCCAGUGAUCAGAACACACCACUCGGCUGUGAAGUAAAAUAAGGCAAAGUUGUCUCUGUUGGUAGCAUAAGAGAAGAAUCCCUAUUUUAUCUUAAUGGGGCCUUUACAGACACAAUUAUCCCAGGAAGCACAGUUAUAACAGUAUAACAUACAUUUCCUUAUACUCAGUCUCAAGGGUCUUUGAGUGAAACCAGAUGGCAGUUUGUUAUUAAUUCCCAUAAGUCUCGUUCUGUGGCAUUAAUUCUGCACUUUGUUGCAUUACAGCAUGUUGAUAUGAAGGGCCUCCAAGUGCCCUUUUCGCCGGUUGGUCCUGCCCAUUAUGUCGUUCAGAAAUGACUACCUAAAUAAAAAAAUCAUUCAAGCCUGUGCCUAGAAAAGCUUUACAUCAUAUUUGUAAUCCUAGAUACUUAGUUGGAAAAAAAAUCCAGCUGCCAAAUGCAGCAGCGAAUCUUGUUUUAACCCCUAAAUCAUGACAGUAAUUAAAACUCAAAAAAAAUAACCGAAGACAUGUAAAUAAUCACACUAUUGAAAAUAGGUGUAUAAAUUCUUGUCCUCAUAUUUAUCUUAUUGAUGAUAUCUACAGUAUUUGUUUUUAACUGAGAAAUAUUUGAAUUCAAAGUACAAUAAAGACUGGAAGCCUCAA